AACCACUUCUUUUGCUUAGAGAUUUAUGCUUUGAGAUGUAUCAUGACUGAAAAAUGACUCAUCUUUUUUUAUCUCAUUCAUUGUUUUCUUUCAUAGUUCCUCUUCUCUUCUUUGCAAAAGGGUGAUGCUCUGCUUUUUGACAGGAUUGCACUAAAUUUGUUACUAAUCCUUGUUUAAGCUGCUUCGUGUACCUGUACCAUGAAAGUCUUAGCAGUCAGUUCCUAGACAGUGUAUCAUAUGAAGCUCGUAAACUUUCACAAAGAUAUAGUACAAUGGUGUUAUUACAGAUAAGAGAGAACCUUAGUAUUGGACAAGUCUCUAGCCUAAUUAACCAGUACAUGUUGCUCUAGUGUUAAUUAAACAAUUCAGCUUGAGCCAUCCCAAAAUGUUAUAUUUCUAUUCUCGAGGUGGACUUGUCUCUCCACAGAAACAUUUUUAGAUCUGUCUUUUCUUGCGUCUGCAGUCUAGAUAAGUGUUUGUUUCCUACAUUGACUCAAAAGAAAGCUUCACUGCCUCAAAUUCAUGGAGUUUAAGCAUUUUACACUGCAAGCCCUUCUAUUGCUGGAGAUACUUAUGCUAAACCCAAUAUCUUGCUUCGACAACUGCAAUUUUCCAGCCAUUUUCAACUUCGGGGACUCAAAUUCAGACACUGGUGGGCUGUCGGCGGCAUUUGGCCAAGCUCCUCCUCCCAAUGGAGAAACAUUCUUUGAUGCCCCUGCUGGCCGUUUCUGCGAUGGCCGUCUCCUGAUCGAUCUCAUAGCUGAAAGAUUGGGAUUGCCUCAUCUUAGUGCUUUUCUUGACUCAAUUGGUUCGAACUUCAGCCAUGGAGCUAAUUUUGCUACUGCUGAUUCAACAAUCAGGCCUCAAAAUACAACCAUUUCCCAGAGUGGGUAUAGCCCAAUUUCCCUCGACGUUCAACAUGUGCAAUACUCUGAUUUUCUCAGGAGAUCACAAAUUAUUCGUAAACAAGGGUCCUUUCAGAACUUGUUGCCGAAGGAAGGUUAUUUCUCUCGGGCAUUAUACACGUUUGACAUAGGCCAGAAUGAUCUGACUGCUGGUUAUAAACUCGACUUGUCAACUGAGCAAGUCAAGGCAUAUGUGCCUGAUGUGUUGGAUCAAUUUUCCAGAGUAAUUAAGCUACUGUACGCUCAAGGAGGAAGAUCAUUUUGGGUACACAACACAGGACCAGUGGGUUGUUUGCCAUAUGUUAUGGACAGAUUUUCAGUUACUGCAGCACAGAUUGAUAAAUAUGGUUGUUCAAGUCCAUACAACCAGGUUGCACAAAAUUUCAAUCUUAGACUAAAGGAAGCAGUCUUCCAACUCAGGAAACAGCUGCCUCAGGCUGCAAUCACUUACGUAGAUGUUUACUCAGUGAAAUAUUCCCUCAUCAGCCAAGCAAAGAAACUAGGCUUUGAGAAUCCAUUUCUAGUUUGCUGCGGUCAUGGAGGCAAAUACAACUACAACAGGUUUGUCAAAUGUGGGAGCAAGAGGGUUGUCAAUGGGACGGAGAUUGUGCUUGCCAAGUCUUGCAAGGAUCCAUCAGUUAGGAUCAGUUGGGAUGGAACUCACUUUACUGAAGCAGCCAAUAGGUGGAUCUUUGAUCAAAUCGUUGAUGGCUCUUUUUCAGAUCCUCCUGUUUCACUUAAGUUUGCCUGUAACAGGAUGAACAGCUGAAAGUGUCUUCUAGACCUAUUUCAACAUUCAAGUGAUCUUGUCAAGGAACUGAUCACCUUUCCUCAAGAUUUUGCCUUCUGUCCUGUUCCGAUCUUAAAUUUUGUGGCUCUCAAUUAAUAACAAGAGAUUUUAAAAAAAUUUCCAAUUAUGAGCUGCUUC